ACAAGUGUCAUACCCUCAAACCUUAUACCUAUAUUUCAAAAUCAACACUUUGAUCCAAACUACUUGUCCCUCCAAAACCACAUACUCCCAUUAUAUUUCCCGUCUGCUACUUCUUCUUCUGUUUACCUUCAAACUCUUUCCCUCAAAAUAAAAAAUAAAAAAUCUCACACUUUUACCUCACUAAACUUGUAUUUUUUACACUACUUUAUCACUUCAACUAGUUGUGUUUUUUUUCUCUCUCUACUGCAAUGGCAGUAGCAGAGUUUAUUCCUUCUUCUUCAUUGAAUAAAAGGACUAGCUUGUAUUCAUCACAACUUUCUUAUGUGUCAACUCAGAUAUCUCAUCAGCGUCGAUUAAGCGUUAGAUCUUUACCAAGAACGAAUUAUUCUUCUCAAAUAUGUUGCUCUGUUACUUCUAAAGAAGCUCAAGCACCAACAGUAGUGCAGGCUGAUGAUCCAAAGAAGAAAAAUGAGUGUUAUGGAGUUUUCUGUCUCACUUAUGAUCUCAAGGCUGAAGAAGAGACGGGUUCGUGGAAGAAAAUGAUAAGUGUUGCUGUCUCGGGUGCUGCGGGGAUGAUUGCCAAUCAUCUUCUUUUCAAAAUUGCAUCUGGUGAGGUUUUUGGGCCAGAUCAACCUAUUGCAUUAAGGCUAUUGGGGUCUGAACGCUCACUUCAAGCACUCGAAGGAGUUGCUAUGGAACUUGAAGAUUCUUUGUAUCCUUUGCUUAGGGAGGUGAAUAUAGGCACAGAUCCUUAUGAGGUUUUCCAGGAUGCAGAAUGGGCACUUCUCAUUGGUGCAAAGCCUCGAGGCCCCGGUAUGGAACGAGCUGGCUUAUUGGAUAUAAAUGGUCAAAUCUACGCUGCACAGGGGAAAGCGCUCAAUGCCGUUGCAUCGCCCAAUGUCAAAGUGAUAGUAGUGGGCAACCCUUGUAAUACCAAUGCAUUGAUUUGUUUGAAAAAUGCUCCAAAUAUACCAGCAAAGAACUUCCAUGCCUUGACUAGGUUAGAUGAAAAUAGAGCAAAAUGCCAGCUAGCUCUAAAAGCAGGAGUCUUUUAUGACAAAGUAUCGAACGUUACCAUUUGGGGCAAUCACUCUACUACUCAGGUUCCAGACUUUUUAAAUGCUAAAAUUAAUGGAUUGUCAGUCAAAGAGGUGAUUAAGGACACUAAAUGGUUAGAGGAAGAGUUCACUGAAAAAGUCCAAAAGAGAGGUGGUGUACUUAUUCAGAAAUGGGGAAGAUCUUCAGCAGCAUCAACUGCUGUGUCGAUUGUUGACGCAAUAAGGUCUCUUGUCACUCCUACACCUGAAGGAGAUUGGUUUUCUACUGGAGUAUAUACAAAUGGAAAUCCUUAUGGGAUAGCAGAGGAUAUAGUUUUCAGCAUGCCUUGUAGAUCCAAAGGAGAUGGUGACUAUGAACUAGUAAAAGAAGUAAUAUUUGAUGACUACCUCCGAAGCCGAAUAAAGAAGUCAGAAGAUGAGUUGCUCGCGGAGAAAAGAUGUGUAGCCCACCUUACUGGAGAGGGUAUCGCUGUCUGUGAUCUGCCAGGGGAUACGAUGCUUCCUGGAGAAAUGUGAAAUCACCUUAAUCAAACCAUUUUGCAGAAAUGGCUUACAACAGAUAAUGUUUAAGAGCUUGCAUAGAUAAAAAGAUUUUUUAAGUGUUAGCGAUGAGAGUGCUGUUUGUAAUGUAUGCACCAUUGGUAUCAGUCUACCGAUAAAUUUGGUUUGGUCGAAAAGGGGAACAAUAAAUGAGACACUAUUCAAGUCC